AGAGAAAGGGACAGAUUGAGAGUGUGUGUGUGCAGUGAGUGUGUGUCAGUGAGAGUAUGUAUUUUGAUUUAUUUUUUAAAAUAAUCAAUCUGAGCCGUUUGUUUAUUUGUAGUUGACGUGGCUCUAUCUGAGCCGUUGACCGGAGGAUGAGCCGGAGAGAGAAGCUGGAGAGGAUUCGGACUCCUCUCUCUCUCCCUCUGUCUCUCUCUCUGAUUCUGCUUCUGCUUCUGCUUCUGCUUCUGCUUCAGAGCUCAGCCAUGGCUGCCACCAACACAACCAAUCUCUCUCCUCUCUCAUCCUCCCUCAACAAACCCUACUCUCUCUCCAAACCAAAACCCUCCUCUCUCUUCCCCAAACCCCUCCCCCACCCCUCCCACUCCAAAACCCACAAAACCCUCUUCUCAACCUCUUCUAAAAACCCCAUCUCUGAUCUUAUCUCCACUCACAAACCAAACGCAGAUCCCCAUUCACUCACAUUCGACGACGAUGACAAGCCCCGCGAAGAAUGCGGUGUUGUGGGCAUCUACGGCGACCCAGAAGCCUCUCGCCUCUGCUACCUCUCUCUCCACGCCCUCCAACACCGCGGCCAAGAAGGCGCCGGAAUCGUCUCCGUCCACCAAAACAUUCUCAAAUCCAUCACCGGCGUCGGACUCGUCUCCGAAGUCUUCACUCAAUCCAAACUCGAUCAACUUCCCGGCGAUUCAGCCAUUGGUCACGUUCGCUACUCCACUGCUGGCUCUUCUAUGCUAAAAAAUGUCCAACCCUUCGUCGCCGGCUAUCGAUUCGGCUCUGUUGGGGUUGCCCACAAUGGGAAUUUAGUGAAUUACCAAACCCUUAGAGCCAAUCUUGAAGAUAAUGGGUCAAUUUUCAAUAGUAGUUCUGAUACAGAGGUGGUUCUUCACCUCAUCGCGAUAUCCAAAGCCAGAGCCUUUUUUUUGAGGAUUGUUGAGGCUUGUGAGCAGCUUGAAGGGGCUUAUUCCAUGGUUUUUUUGACUGAAGAUAAAUUGGUUGCGGUUCGAGACCCCUAUGGGUUUCGACCAUUGGUGAUGGGUAGGAGAAGAAAUGGGGCUGUUGUGUUUGCCUCUGAGACUUGUGCUUUGGAUUUAAUUGAGGCUACUUAUGAGAGAGAGGUUUAUCCUGGUGAAGUAUUGGUGGUGGAUAAAGAUGGUGUUCAAUCACUCUGUUUAAUGCCUCACCCUGAACCCAAAGCUUGUGUCUUUGAACAUAUAUACUUUGCUUUGCCUAAUUCUGUUGUUUUUGGGAGGUCUGUGUAUGAAUCGCGCCGGGCAUUUGGCGAAAUACUUGCUACUGAAGCACCCGUUGAUUGUGAUGUUGUGAUUGCUGUCCCUGAUUCUGGGGUUGUUGCUGCUCUUGGCUAUGCUGCCAAAGCAGGGGUGCCCUUUCAACAAGGGUUGAUAAGGUCACACUAUGUGGGUAGGACUUUUAUUGAGCCAUCUCAGAAGAUUAGGGACUUUGGUGUGAAGCUCAAGCUCUCACCGGUCCGGGCUGUGUUGGAAGGGAAAAGGGUUGUGGUUGUGGAUGAUUCGAUUGUGCGAGGAACCACCUCGUCAAAGAUUGUUAGGUUGAUAAAGGAGGCAGGGGCUAAGGAAGUUCACUUGAGGAUUGCUAGUCCUCCAAUUAUAGGGUCUUGUUACUAUGGAGUGGACACUCCUAGUUCUGAGGAGUUGAUUUCGAAUAGGAUGAAUGUGGAGGAGAUUAGGGAGUUUAUAGGGUCGGAUUCGCUUGCUUUUUUGUCAGUUGAUAGCUUGAAGAAGAUGUUGGGAAGUGAUUCUCCUAACUUCUGUUAUGCUUGCUUUUCUGGGAACUACCCGGUUUUGCCAACGGGGAAAGUGAAACGGGUUGGCGAUUUUGUGGAUGAUGGGUUGAAUGGAAGUAUAGAAUCAAUUGAUGGGGGUUGGAUUCGAGGAACUAAAAUUCAGAAUGAGGGGGAGAGAGAUUCAAACCAGAAACUUCAGGAGGAAACAAUUCCUCUAUAGUGGUCAUAUUGCUCAGGGAGGGGAAGCUAAAAUCCGUAUUCUGAUAUUGAAUUGGUCUAAUUUCUCAUUAUCACAGAUAGCUGUGGAUUGUUCUUGAGCUUGAGCAUUUGAAUGCAUAACUUUUCUGGAAUGCAAGGCAUUGUGUUUUCAGACAAUGGAAGAGGCAUUCUGAUAUCUUGAUUCUUAUCCAAGGAUGAAAUCUUACAUAAGUUGUGGUAAGAUUUGGUUGGUGACUUUGAAUCUUACGCAAGUUAUGGGGUGCAUGAUUUUUUGCGUCUUUAUGAUUAGAAAGGAAUGCCUGGAUUUUUUAGGAGAAAUUUGAAGACUUUGAAAGUAUUUGGGAGAAAGAAGAUUUGUUUCUUGGCGCCAUUUCGGGUUUCAGUGGCUCCUUUUGCAGUUAAUAUUUUUUCUAUUUUGAUUUAUUAUAUGUUUGUUGCUGAUCAAAUAAAAAACAAAGCCUGUGUUUGGUUGUGGUUUGUAAACGUGAUUUGAGAGUAUGAGUUGUAUUUUGAGUU